CCAGGACCAGCUCUCCCACCCCCUGGAUCUUCUAAUGGGCUCCACAAGGUGACAGUGCUGACCACAAUGCUGUCAGGCCGGUGGUGGUCAAGUCCUUGGGGAAGUCUAGGGUUAGGACCCCGAAAUUCUUCUCGGGGAUCCCAGCUUUGUGUCCUCUAUGCCUUCACUUAUACUGGGGCAGAUGGCCGGCAAGUGUCUCUGGCUGCAGGGGACAGAUUCCUCCUGCUUCGAAAGACCAACUCAGACUGGUGGCUGGCAAGGCGCCUGGGAGCACCCUCCAACUCUCGACCCAUCUUUGUCCCAGCUGCCUAUGUGAGAGAGGAAUCUUCUCAGAACUUAACUACCAUCACCCCCGGCCAAUCCCACUGGGCUCCUGGGUCAAAGUUGUUUCAUGGCUCCCUGGAGGAGCUGCACCAGUCUCAGAUACCUACAGGCAGAGUCCAGGCCAUGUCUGAGGAGCCUCCUCCUCUUCCCCCUAAAAUCUGUAGAAGUGUCAGUGUUGCCAAUUUGAGGCAAAGCCUCCUGAAUCCCCUCCAGGAUGGACCAAGUGGAAGGUCCCUCUCCCAGGGAGACUUGCUGACAGACGCCAUUGCUAAUAUGGCAGGACCCCAGCUCCUCAUGUCAGAGACCCCUGUGUACUGUAACCUGGUGGAACUUCGCCGCUGUCCCCGGUCCCCACCCCCAGGCCCUGCAUGCGCCCCCCUGCAGAGGCUGGACACCUGGGAACAGCACCUGGACCCCAUUUCUGGACGCUGUUUCUACAUAAAUUCGCUGACUGGCUGCAAGUCUUGGAAGCCCCCUCGCCUCACUCGCUCCAGAGAGACGAACGCUGGUUCCAUGGAGGCGACAAAAACCCUGAGUAGGGACAAGGAUGUCUUGCAACUUCAGGCAAAGGGCUCUGAAUCUCACACAAGGAAUCCAGAACUGCCAGACCCCCAGGGCUCACCCUACCUCUGCCAGGAAACCUCCCACACCUCAGACCAGUCUCCAGCCUUGCAGUCCCCUCGAUCUCUACCCCAGCUCCUGGACGACCCCCACGAGGUGGAAAAAUCAGGCCUACUCAACAUGACCAAGAUUGCCCAGGGUGGGCGUAAACUCAGGAAGAACUGGGGCCCCUCUUGGGUGGUGUUAGCUGGUAACAGUCUUGUGUUCUAUCGAGAGCCACCACUGACUGCGCCCUCCUCCGGCUGGGGGCCAGCGGGCAGCCGACCCGAAAGCAGCGUGGACCUUCGUGGGGCUGCCCUGGCCCACGGCCGCCAUCUGUCCAGCCGUCGCAAUGUCCUACACAUUCGAACGGUCCCUGGACACGAGUUCUUGCUGCAGUCGGACCAAGAGACCGAGUUGCGAGCCUGGCACCGCGCGCUGCGGGGGGUCAUCGAACGACUGGAUCGGGAGAACCCCUUGGAGCUACGUUUAUCCGGCUCGGGGCCGGCGGAAUUGGGAGAACUGAGUGCCGGGGAGGAUGAGGAAGAAGAGGAGCCCGAACCCUUUCUGAAGCCGCUGCUGCGAUUCAGCAGCCGCCGGAGCUCCAGUCGGUGUCCGGAAGGAACUGAGCAGAACCGCGUGCGGAGCAAACUAAAGCGGCUUAUUGCGAAGAGACCGCCCUUGCAAAGCCUGCAGGAGCGGGGUCUGCUCCGAGACCAGGUGUUCGGCUGCCAAUUGGAAUCACUAUGCCAGCGAGAAGGGGACACCGUGCCCAGUUUUGUGCGGCUCUGCAUUGCUGCUGUUGACAAGAGAGGUCUAGAUGUGGAUGGCAUUUACCGAGUGAGCGGGAAUUUGGCAGUGGUCCAGAAACUUCGCUUCUUAGUAGACCGAGAGCGCGCGGUCACCUCUGAUGGGAGAUACUUAUUCCCGGAACAGCCAGGACAAGAAGGGCGAUUAGACUUGGACAGUGCCGAGUGGGAUGACAUUCAUGUGGUCACUGGAGCCCUGAAACUUUUUCUCAGGGAGCUGCCUCAGCCGCUGGUGCCCCCACUGCUGCUGCCUCAUUUCCGUGCUGCCCUUGCCCUCUUGGAAUCAGAGCAGCGCCUCUCCCAAAUACAAGAAUUAAUAGGCUCAAUGCCAAAGCCCAACCAUGACACUCUGCGGCACCUCCUGGAGCACUUAUGCAGGGUGAUAACACACUCAGAUAAGAAUCGAAUGACUCCCCACAACCUGGGAAUUGUGUUUGGACCUACCCUGUUUCGACCAGAGCAGGAGACAUCUGACCCAGCGGCCCAUGCCCUCUACCCUGGGCAGCUAGUCCAGUUGAUGCUCACCGAGUUCACCAGCCUCUUCCCUUGA